AUGUCUCUUCGCUUCCUGUCAACUGCACGGGCGCAAUUGGCCGACAUCGUGAUUAUUGGCGGCGGCCCCGCAGGACUCACGCUGGCGGCGGCCGUGAAAAACUCGCCGGUCUUGUCGUCGCUCAAUUGCAAGCUCGUGGAAGGAGGGAACCUGAUCGGACCACUUAAUAGCUUCAGCCAGAAUCCGCCCUCCAACUUCACCAACAGGGUCGUGUCGCUCACGCCUUCCACCAUCUCCUAUUUGUCAGACAUUGGCGUCUGGAAACACAUCAAAGAGGACCGUGUCGAGAGCUACGACAACAUUGUUGCGUGGGACGGGGUCUCAGGAGCCCAGAUCGACUUCAACGGCCCGUCGCUGGCCACCAUGUGCGAGACUACAAACCUCCAGUCUGCCCUGCUUGCGCGGAUUGAGGAAUUGAACGAGGAGACUGGCAUAAUGGACAACACCAAGGUCGAAAACAUCACGAGCGACGAAACUAACGGAUGGCCUGUGUUGCAGCUGUCCAGCGGCGAGUCUCUUAAAACACGGCUGCUUGUGGGCUGCGACGGGUACAACUCGCCGGUGCGGAAGUUUGCGCAGAUCGAGAGCCGCGGCUGGUCGUAUAAUCGUUGGGGUAUUGUUGCUACGCUCAGAUUUAAAAACGGCGAGUUCAGAUACCCUACAGGGUGGCAGAGAUUUUUACCAAGCGGUCCUGUGGCGCUCCUGCCGCUGCCAGAUUACUGGACGAGCCUGGUGUGGUCGACAAAGCCGGAAUACGCCGACAUUCUGUUGAAACUCGACGACGACGCGUUUCUGGCCAUGGUGAAUGCUGCCGUGAAGCUGCCGGUCGAGGAGCUAGAAUUUUUGUACAACCAGGCUCACGAGGACCCGGAAAACCUCGUCGGCGAGAUCACGUGGAGACUGAACGUCUUCAACGACAAAUUGUCGCCACAGGAGAUGGAAACGUACCCUCUGGAGCUCGACACCAUCGUGGCCAAGUCGCGCGCCAAGUUCCCGCUCAAAAUGAGCCACGCAGACACGUACGUGGAGGACCGUGUUGCGCUUGUUGGAGACGCCGCGCACACGACCCACCCUCUUGCCGGCCAGGGUCUGAACAUGGGCCAGGCCGACGUGAAAAGUCUGGUGGCAGUGCUGGAGAAGGCGAUGGAACGCGGCCUGGACAUUGGCACCAAAUUGGCCCUGGAGCCGUAUUUCAGCGAGCGGUAUCCCGCCAACCACGUUCUUCUAGGCGUCGUCGACAAGCUGCACAAGAUAUACUCUACAGACAUCGCUCCUAUCGUGAUGGCGCGGUCGUUUGGUGUGAACGUGCUCAACACCGUGCCGUUUGUCAAGGACUACAUGGUGAGCAGGAUGGGCGAGUAG